AAAAAUAAUAAUAAUAAAAAUUAACGCAGCUUAGCAAACAGCUGCGAUUUUGAAUAGAAAACUUUAUUGUCAGCGGAAGUAUCAAUUUGCUAGAUAGAUAGGAUCCACGCAUCCACGUGGGUACUUUUUCCGGUCAAGUGCGCUCACUGAAGGUUAAGCAAGCUGUCAGAGCUCUUUGUUGAACGGGACCCACGCGUUGUCCGGUGGGUUUUUAGUGAGGAUAAACCGAAAGGUCAUUAGCAAAGAUGGACCCCAUGAAAGCGCAGCAGCUCGCCGCGGAGCUGGAGGUCGAAAUGAUGGCUGACAUGUAUAACCGAAUGACCAAUGCAUGUCACAGGAAAUGUGUUCCACCUCAUUACAAGGAGGCAGAACUUUCAAAGGGGGAAGCUGUGUGUCUGGACCGCUGUGUCGCCAAAUACUUGGACUUGCAUGAGAGACUAGGUCGGAAACUCACUGAGCUCUCUGUUCAGGAUGAGGAGGUGAUGAGGAAGGCUGCUGCAGGCACUGGAUAGACCUCCUGCAGAAUCUAAGGGUGGGCCUGAAGGCCUGUGGAUGGGGGUUAUGGGAGAAAUGGGCUCUGUGGACAUCUAAAGGGGGAAAUCGGGCAGCAUGGCUACGGAUAUUAGUAAUAUAACACAAAUAUGAACAAUAUUGUGUCAAGUAUUGAUCCAUUAUUAGACAUUGCACUGAAAGAUCAAGACUUUUGGAAGAAGAUGGGAUAUAUUUUAUCCUACGAGUCUUUGAUAGUUUGUUGGCAUGAACAUUAUUAACAUCACAGGAAUAAAGUGUUUGUCUGGGAAGGGAUAUUUGUGAAAUAUUGUGAAAUUAUGUCCUUGUGAACUUGUUUGAGACUUUUUUUUAUGUUGUCACUGAUCUUUGUAAUGUCUGACAGGAAUUUUACAAAGUGUACCUUUAUUGCGCAAUAUAAUUAAAAUGUUUACCUUUC